AUGACCAGUGGAGCCCCUCUUCUUGAAUACAAAAUUAGUCACCGUCUGGAGCAACAACGAUACGCAGACGACUUGACCAUCAUCGUCGACACAGAGAUACUCCGACAUGACUGUGGUAAUACCAAGAAGAGUCAAUUCUCCUUCUCAUUGAACGAAUUUGUCCAAGAUGAAUAUUCUCUGAACAAAGAGAAACUUUAUUAUUUCCUGAUAGAAGCUGGAAUCGAUGAGGAUAAUGAUGCUCAGUUUAUGAUUAACGACAUGAUUUUUUCUCUUUCUGACCUGCCAUGCUUAAAGAAUAAAAGGUUUACUAGAGGAGUUUGGACAGUGUUCUUGUAUGUUCGGUUCCCUUCGAACGAGGAGAGCACUAGUACGUCAUAG